UGCUAUUACGAGGUACUCAGGUAUGACCCGGUACACUCCUCGAACCGUAACAAGAACUUUGAUGUGCUCCGUUACGGAGUAGCGAGCUAAUCAGAUAACGACAGCGACCAAAGAUUGGUACCACUAGACUGAAAAAUGGCACUGGCUUGGUAGAAGAAUAAAUACCUGAUGAACUAAUCGCCAUCACGCGCAUCAUGAGGCAGAUAUCGUUACCGCUCGAACAUCUUGCCAAGUGGUCACAAUUCAAUGGUGUGCAGUUGUUCGAUGUCGCCAUUGAUCCUCACAUCAUAGAAGAAAAAACCGGUGUUGACAAAGGAGGAGGAUUGCUGGCCCAAGCAGAUCAUGCAGAGACAGAACCUCUGUUGGUGGUUCCUUUGGAUCUUGUCUUGUCCAAAGACGCAGUAUCGGAAGCCGCAAAGGCCGAUCAAAAUCUUCGCGAACUGAUCGAGGCCGCUUCAUCUUUAUUUCAGGUGGGUUCCAGAGGCGCCGGACCCCCCUCGUCAUCUUAUCGUUUGGUAUAUGUGGUAGUUUAUAUUCCCUAUGUUUACAGCAGACUGACUUUAUGCACGUCCAACCAUUUUAUAGUAUCCUCGUACCGCAGUGUUGUUGUUUCUUCUUUACCAGAUGACGAUCAACAGUCCAGACAACAACAACGACGACGACGAUGAUAAUCAUACAUUGUUAAGAGUCAACAACCCCUUUGCAGAUUAUGUCAAGUUUCUACCAAAGGAGUACCCAUUGCCUACCUUUUACUCACAGGGGGAAAGGGACUUGUUGGUCGGCACUUCUCUGGCCGAUGCGCUCGGCCAAAAACUGGCGAGCCUGGAAAAGGAGUUUGACGGCCUAAAGGCGGCCACGGAGCACAUCCCCUGGUGCCAACGAUUCUGGUGGGACGACAUCACUGGCUGCCUGGACAUCGGAGAUUGGAAGCUGGCCGAUGCCAUGUACAGGUCUCGGGCCCUGGAUCUGCCGCGAGGAGCUAGUGUGGGCAUGGUCCCUGUCGUCGACAUGGCGAACCAUGCCUCCAUCGAUCAUUACAAUGCACGAUUCGAGGUCGACGAGGGUACAGGGUCGGUGUUGCUCGUGGUGCAAGACGAAAAGUCGAUCGAGGCCGGGGAAGAGGUCACCAUCAUGUACGGGGCAGGAGGGGCCUGCGAGAUGAUCUUUUCCUACGGGUUCCUGGAGGAACGGGCGGACAGUGCGCGUGAGAUGUUCCUCAGCUUGUCCAUCCCCGCCGAUGACCCAUUGAGGCUGGCAAAGAUCCGGUUCGCCCAGCAAGAGGCGGCGCCCGGGGUGAGGAUCUACGUGGACGGAGACGACAAGGUGCGCUGGGACAGUACUUUCGUCUGGUGGGCAUGUGUCAAUCAGGAAGACGGCCUCGAUUUUCGGGUCGAGCAGACCGUCGACGGAGACAUGGACCUCAAGGCCACAUGGAAGAAUGGCGACCUGGCCGCUCACGAGUUGCGAGCCGCUCUGUUGGAUGACGAUCGUCUCCGAGAUGUGUUCGUCCUUCGUGCCACCGUGAUGGUUCAACAACGGGUCGAGGAGCAAGGGAUGCGCCUGGCAGCAAGCGAAGAGGAAUAUGACCAGGUACUGGCCAACGACGAUCAGAUCAGACCAUGGGUCUACAAGACGAUCGGAAGACUUCGGAAACUGGAACUUGACCUGUUGACGAGAGCCUUCCAAACACUGGAACAAGAGAAGCUUCGACUCCUCGAAUCGACCGUCGUGCGUGCUUACCUGCGGCAGGGGGCCGACGGCUCAGAAGGAGAUUACCCAGAAGAUUUCUCUUGAGAGGUGUACAUAAAUGGAGAAAAUGCAUUAAUCUAGUAGGCUUAUGCACACCGACUGGCUAACAUCACGAGAGAGGACUUUUGACUCGUCCCCAAGGUGGUAUGAGCCCCAGAGAUGGCAGAAAGUUUGUUCUGCUCUACACCGGGGGCUGGAAAAAGGUCAAACAAAAAAGACACGAGGCCAACCACUGUACAGCUAUUCACGGCAAAGAACUUCCUUUCUACGAGUAGUUUGACACCAAGUGGUGUUUUGGCUCAACACGAGACCCCACCUUCAGCUCGAGCUAGUAGGACUCGUAUGCCAGAUGUGCUUCUUGUUUUUUCAUAGUCACGGAGGGAUCGUCUUUAAGUGACGUUUCCGUUCGUCCAUGGCGGCCGCAGGCACAAAGCAAGCCGGAAAUGAUACCCCCGUAGUCUACGGGCCAGCCGGUCUGGUACUGUAAAAUUGUACUUGAUCUCAUUCCAAG